AUGCGGCCGCCUCCGUCCAGCACGGCGGCCUCGGGGGCACCCCUGUCUCUUGGUUCGUCGUCUUCGCUGGUCAGCGACCUGGCGUCUUCCUUCGCGGCGGCGAAUCCGGCUCUCCGCCGCGCAGCUUCCUCCUCCUCUUCUAUCGCUUCCGCUCCGUCACACGCGCCGUCGAUGCCUCGCCAGCGCCCGGUUGCCCCAGACGACAAGUCUGUUUUUGCGCCGGGCGCUUCUUCCUCCUCUUCUGCGUCUGCGGCGCCCGCACCAGCCUCCGCGGCGAAGCAGAGCUGCAGCAGCUGCUGUCGCGCGCCGUUCCUCUACAGCUGCGACCUGCACUCGCUCCUCGCAGUGAACGUCGGGGGACUGCUGGCGCUGCCUGGCGAGCCGCCUGGACGCAGGCAAACGCGCUCAGGGCUGCGCUCUACUGUGCCGCCCUCCGCACGCUCCGAGGCCGCCGGCUCCCCUCCUUCUUCGUCUUCGUUUUCUUCCUUUUCUUCUUCUUACUCUCCUUGCGCGUCGCGUGCAGAGGCUGCGUCCCCGCGGUCCCGGGGCGGGCGCGCGGAUGUGAAGCGCGUCGCCGCGAGCGCCUGCGAAAUCGCGUCGUUCUACGACGAGGAGACAUGUGGCGACGACAGUUUUGUGAUCUGCGUCUCGCUCUUUGUCAACGGGCGCCGCUUCGUCCACCCCGUCACGUGCCGGCCGUGUCCACUCGCUGCGGCGGCUGCGUGUGUGGCGCACGGCUGCUCACCCGCCGCUCCUCCGCCCGCCGCCGCCGCUCCUCCGCCCGCCGCCGCCUCUCCUGCGUCGUCGCCGGCCCUGAAGCGGUACCUGCGGCCUUGCCUUCAUGCGUUGAUUGGCGGCGCUGCAGGCUGCGCGCGGAGGCCUUCGGGUUCCCCGUGCCCCUAUCGCAGCUCGUCUGCGCGCGCCUCGGCUUCGUCUCCGCCCACGUCGCCCAAACAGGAGACAGGCAGCCGCGCAGAGGACGCUGGAGGCACGCUGCAGGCCGCGUGGUGUCCGCUCGCGCCACCCUCCUCGCCGUCGCUGUGCGCCUCCUGCGUCCCCGCCGCGUCUUCGAUUUUCUUCUUACCUUUCCACGUCUCGCUGCGCCUGCCGGUUCGCACGAGUGCCCUUCCCCGAGACGCCUUUCUGCUCUUCGCCGUGCGGCGCGACUUCGGAGGCCGCGGGCGGCUCGAGGGAGAAGUGGAAGGAGAGCACGGGCCGCUCUACGCAGUCGGCAUUCUGCCGCUCUUCGAUAACGGCGGGCGUCUGCGCCAGGGCCGCGAGCUGCUCAAGCUCUUCCGCAUCGUCACGCCCCCCUCCUUCUCCGGUCUCGCCGCACUCGCUCAAAAGUUCACAAUGCCGCCGACCUCCUCUCCGCCUUCACCCCCUUCCUCCUCUUCCUCUGCUUUGUCUUUCUCUUCGCCUCCCUCGGCUUUGUCGUUGCCAUUUUCGGCGUGUGGCGACUCGCUGGGCGGGCCGCGCUCCGCGGAGGGCGUGGAGAGCCGCGAGGCGGCGCGCGCACGGCUGCUGCGGGACUUCCAGGCCUCUGUGCUCGCCCCUGCUUUGUUGCCUUCUGCUGGCGACCUCCAUUUGCAACGGCGAGGCGCGUCUCUGCGGCUGCGUGCGGGCACAGGCCAUCCCGCGCGCCUGGAGGCAUCGCAGCACGGCGAUAGCUGCCGCGCUGGAGAGCAGAGUUCCGUGGACGCGUCCAGUCGGGUCGAAGAAGCAGAGCUUGCGUCUUCAACGACGGCGCGUGCGCACGCCGAGAGGGCGUCUCUGCGGCACUCCGGCGCCUUCGCCCACGAGCGCCUUCCGCACUUAUCGGCGGAGACGCUGCUCUCGCUGCUCCUCUCGCCUCUCGCGCCGUGGCUCGCAGAGCUGCUGCUGCAGGCUCCCGCGGCGAAGGAGGCGAGACCCGGAAAGCGCAGCGGGGAGAAAGGCAAUCGUCCCCACAACAACAGAGAGCGGCCGCGAGUCCACAAGGAGGUCAGGGAAGAAUGGACGCGGAACGGAGGCGACAGCGAAGGACUCGGCGCCGGCGAAGAGACCUGGAAGACAGGGGACACAGAUCGUCUCGCCUCCUGCGAGGGGAUGCCGCCUUUCUUCGUGCCUCACGAGGAGCAGGCGUCUGGCUCGGAGUCCCAGGACGGUGACGACGUGUUCCUGUCUUCGUUUUUGCGCGGGCUUUCGCCCUCGGCUGCCCCGGAGCGCGCCGCGGCUUUCGCCGCGUGCUCGGCCGAAAAGGGAGAAAUCCAGGAGAUCCUCGCCGGCGGAGAAGAUGGCGAAGAGACAACGCACUGCUCGCUCGUCGCCACGGACGUCGAAGACUUCCUGCCUUCCACACUGCCUUCUUCGAGCGCUGCGCCGCGCGUCCGUCCCUCAUCGUGGGGUGUACGUACAGUGGACGAGGAGGCCCAGUUCUCGACGCCAGACGCGGGUGCACGUACACCUGCGGAUUCGUCGGAUCUUGAUGUGGCAAACUGGGGAGAGAAGUUGUGCCAGAAGGAGCGCGAGCUCUGUAUCCGCCGAUUCCUGCGGAGACGCAGACUGCAGGGGGAAAUGUGCCUGCGGCACCUAUGCCUCGAGCGCGAGCUCUUCCGCUGCGCGAAGCUGCUUGACAUGCUCGAGCGCGGUGCCUUCGUCAGCGGCGGCCCGACGCUGGAUGGAUGCGCGCAGCGGCGGCUACAGGAGGAGGUCGCGUCCAUCCUCGUCCUGCUUCAGGACCAGGCGGACCGCCUCGAGGCAGACCGAGCGGCGUCGAGUUCGGCCUGCGCCGCCGAGCACGCAGACGCGUCGGACACCCACCCGCUCAUCGCGCAUCUGCAGCGCAGAGUAACGGCUCCGUCCGCGUGGGCACCGCCUCAGCAGCACUCCGGCGGCGCCUCAAGCGCAAAGGCGCCGCAUACUGGGACCUUGGAUGCGUUCUUGGCGUCGCUAGCCUCCCGGGCGGAGCCCGCGGGCGACGGCCGAGAGUGCGAGGCGAAGCUCGCCUUGCUGAGCCGCAUCGCGCACGCCGAGGCGGUCGCUGCAGCCGCCGUCGGCGCCGCGGGCUACCUCUACGUGGAGCUUCCUUUUUACAGUCUCCCGAUCCUCCACGCAGAGCCGCGCGUCGUGGUGCCCUCGCCUUACCUCCCGGUCUCUCAGGCGGCGCGGCUGCAGCAGCAGCUGCAGACGCAGGUCACGCAGCAGACACAGAAACACGCGGCGAAGGUCUUCGCCUUCACGCCCGACCCGCGGGAGGCCCGCGGCGGAGAGGGCGCCCGCGCCGCCCUGCCCGCGUCGGCCUUUUCGCCUGCGACCGCCCCCGCCGAAGCCGCCGCGUCGGGCGCAGGCACGACCGCGCUGGGCGCCGCUGCGCCGUCGUCUGCGGCUUCGGCGCUGGCGGGCUAUGCGGGCGGGCGCGAGGAGAGCGGGGGCGGCGGAGCGGAAGGAGUUUUCGGCGCCGCCUCAACAGGCCGUGCGAACGCAUCCGGGCAGCCUGGAGGCGCCUGGGGCGGCGCUGAAGGGUCGCUCGUCGUGGAGCCUCCGCUGGCGCCCGCCGUGGUUGCGAAGGCGCUGCAGCAGCAAUUCCAGAAGGCAAGCGGCGCGUCGCCUUCACUCCAGGGACGGCAGGCCUCGUCGUCGUUUUCUCCGCCACCUGCUGGACCCAACGCACCAGCGGAAGUCUCACCUCUGCCGCCGCAGCAGGGCGUCGGCGAAGGCGACGGAGGUGGUGCCGACGUGCGUGAGAGAGGAGACCUCUCAGCUAUGCAACGUCCCGAGGCGCCGCCCGCGCCUCCUCAUUCUAAGGAAAGCUGCGCGUCCGCGCUUGCUGACAGCCAGCGUGAUGUCCACGGCGGAGAGACGACGGGCGACCUGUCUUCUCAGCAGCUCGCCGCACGCAUCCGCGACUCUGCGGCGGCGGCAAAUUGGAUGUCCGCGAGCUGGGGCGUGGCGCCCGCCUUUUCGACGCGCUUCGCCUCUUCGCUUUCCCCGCCGUCAGGCGCGGCCUCGCCCGUGCUGGGCGCCUCGCCAGUCGAGUCGCUUCCGCCGCGGAUUGCGGCCGCCGCGCCUCCGACCGGGGCGGAAGGCGUGGCGGCGGAUGGCGGCGGGUCUCCAGCGGCGCACGGCGGGGCCGAGAGUUCUUCAAAGGCCCCCGGAGCCAAGGCCAGAGCCCAAGACGACUUCGGGCCCUGGCGCGCGCCGGAGGACGAAGCCUUCGCCGAUCUCUCUGUAGGCGAGGCCCUCGCGCGCCUGCGGGCGGGCCUCGCUGGCGGAAGAAGGCCUCCGCAGGGAGUGUCGCCUGCUCCCGCGCCGACGACGCCCGUGCGCGAGGAGACCUUCGCCGCCAUUGGGAAGGGCGAGGAGGCCGGGCGGAGCCGGGCCGCCGCUCCCGAGCGGCCGUGGCUGCUGCUGGACUUCGCCUGGGGGUCGCCGCACCCCUCGGGCCUCCUUGGCCAGCCUGCGGUGCUUCAGGCGCUGGGCGAGGGCCCUUCGGCGGUGGCUGCGCUGCGGCCUCACGGCGCGGCCCUCGCGCUGCUCGACGCGCUCCUACGGUCGCCGUCGCGGCCGCUUCUCCCGUCUGAAAAAAUGCUUCUCUGGAAAUACAGGCAAACGGCGGUGCGUCAGCCGGGCGGCCUGGCGAAGCUGCUCGACAUUGUGGACUUCCCUGCGGCCUCGGCUUCCUCCGCGCGCGUGCCUUGGGCUCUGGCGUCGCGAGGGGCGCCUCUGGAGGACUGUUCAGUCUCGCUGUCCUCUCCGCGCGCGGGCGCGGCGCUCGCAGCCUCGCCGCAGCCGCUGACGCCGGCGGAGGUCGCGGAGGAGAUCCUCGACCUCGCCGAGGACUGGCCGCUAGCGGACAGUUUUUUCUUCUCCGCCGCGGCGCCAGCCGCUCCGCCACGGACGGCUGCGUUCCUGAGCGACUACUUGGCGGAGCUGGAAGUCGUCGCCGAGAGCCUCGAAAUCAUCGCCUGCAGCUGGGGCAAAGGCAGCUGGGGCAGCGUCGCGCGCGGCGGCCUCGUCGUCCGCGCCGCCGCAGUCCGCGCACUGGAAAAAAUCCGCGACGACGUCCUCGAGCUUUUCCUCAUGCAACUCGUCCAGGGCAUGCGCUUGGAGCAGCUCCCGUUCGACGCGCUUCUCCUCCCGCCUGUCUCUCCGCCGGAGGCCGCCGCGCCCACGUCCGCCCCCUCGGCCGCCGCGGGCGGAUCUGUCUCUUCGCGUUCUUUGGGUCUUCGCCGGUCUGCGAGGGCGCUCGCGGGCCGUUCGCGGCGCAGCGGCGACCCGCGCGGCUCGCGCGGCAGUUCCGCGUCCUUCAGCGCGGCGCCGCUCACGAACUUCCUCAUUCGGCGCUGCAUGAAGAGCGCGGCGCUGGCGGUCACGCUCUUCUGGUGUCUGCAGUGCGAGAAGGAGGACGCCGACAACGGUCACGUGUUUGUUCGCGUCGAGCAGCGCUUCUUCGACGCGCUGCACAAGAAGGCCUUCAAAACACCCAAAGCUGACGUCGCCGCGGCGAAGGCAGCCGCGGCCGCGUCGUCUGGGCCUGCGCGCGUCGAAACCGCGACGCAGAGGCGGGGCGGAGGCGACGCGGACGACGCGGGGACAGGCGUGCGGGGGGAGAGACUCGCGGCAGGGACCGCCGCCGCAGACACGCGGCCUGCAGCGACGGAGACGCGCUCACCAGGAGGCCGACAGGAAGAGCCGCAGCGGAGAGAGGGCAGCGCGAAACUCGAGGAGGAAAGGCCUCGAUGCGCCGAACCUGAGAGAGAGAGGCGAGCGCCAGCCGCUGGAAAACCUGCGCGCAGAGUGGCGAGCCAGUCCGCGGCGCUCGCCGCGGAAAUCCUCGGUCUUUUAGAGCUCCAGGUGAAGCUGAGGAACCAGCUGAUGGCGCUGAACGGACAAAUCCGCGACAAGCGCGAACGUGCGGAGCGCAAGACUGAGCGCCUGCGAGAACUCUUGACAGCGACGCCUCUGUGCCCGAGCCUGAUCUCGUUUUCGCCGUCGGCGCUUGCAGGAUCCCUUGCGUCCGCUGGCGCCUCGGGGAGUGCGCCUGGGGGGCCUGCAGCGGCUGCGGCUUCUGGGGCGGGACAAGAAUCGCCCGCUGGGCUCGCUCGGUUUUCUUCUUCCUUUUCCGCUGUCUCAGCCUCGUUCUCUGCGUCGGCCUCGACGUCGCUGUCCCUGGAGCGCAUGGAGGAUGAAGAGCUUCAGGCAGAGGCGCUUUCGAAGAGCCGCAGGCCCGACGGCGACGCGGCGCAUGCGCCGGAGGACUUGUUGGAUGCCGCCGCGCGCUUCCCUCUGUCGGCGGCGCCUGCGGCGCUGUCCGCCCCAGCCGCCGCAGCCGCCUCGGAGGCCACUCCUCCGUCAGCCGCGGAGACCGCCUCGGAGAAGCGAGUCAAGUCGUCUUCAUCUCUCUCAGCCUCCUCAUCGUCUUCUUUCUCUUCUUCCUCCUCUCCCACGUCCUCUUCGUGUUUGUCGUCUGCGACGGCGUCUUCGCUUGCGCUCCUCUCGGCGCCGGCGCCUGCGUCGCGCCUGCCGGGAGUGCCGCUGCCGCUGGACGUGCGGCUGCGGUUAGUCGGCGUCGACGUGGGCGAGUGCUGGGUGGUGCGGAGCAGCCUGUACCCCCUCGUCCUCUCCUGCUUCGUCUUCUCGCUCUCCGCGCCUGCGCGGCCCCGCCGGAGCGCCGGCGGCGCCGCGGACCGCAGCCGCAGCCGGCGAAGUGCCAAAUCCGCGCCCGACGAGCCCGCGGUGGCUGCCGGCGCAGGUCGCCGCGCAGAAGGCGGCGCGCUGCGAGAGCACGGACUCAGCCAGCCUGCGGGUCUGAAGGCGGGCUGCGGAGCGACAAGCGAGGGCGGCGCACAGGGCGCCGAGGGCGAAUGGACAGCUCAAAUGCCGGUAGAGGCGCAGCCGGCUGAAGGCAGGUGCCGCGAGGCGGGAGUGAUGGGGGGGGACGAGGAGGGAGCCGACGGCGUUCUCGUCACCGGGCCUCCGACCUGGGCGCGCCAGAGGCUUUCCGACGAGGCGCAAUCGGCAGACACGCUGUUGGAGGCUGCGCGCGACGAGGAGGACGCCUUCGCGGCCGGCGCCCGAGACAGGGCGGCGAGCCGCACCCGCGGAGAGUCUUCGUUCUCAGUCAUUCAGUCGAGGCAUUUGGAGCCCGCCAGGGCGGGACUGAGAAGUCCGCCGGGGCCUGCGGCAGACGGCCCGGCGGGCGAGCCGAGCCCAGGCGAGCAGCGAACCGACGCCGGAGGCGGAAGCGGAGACGCGCGCGAGAACGAGCUGGCGAAGGAGGAGACGUUCUCCGCGCUAGGGGCGGCUCAGCCGCGCAGUGCCACGUGCCGAGGCAUCGUGAAGAAAAAGCUCUUUCUGUACAAGGUCGGGGACGACUUGAGACAAGACAUGCUCGUGCUCGGCAUGCUCCGCAUCGUCGAUGGACUGCUCAAACAGUAUGGCCUCGACCUCAAGUUCACUCCCUACAGAGUUGUGGCGCUGUCGACGGAGGACGGCUUAAUUGAGUUCCUGCACGGCGCGGAGUCGCUCAGCUCCAUAAAAAAGAAGUACCGAACUCUCAUCAACUACUUCAUUCACCUUCACCCCGACCCCGACAGCCCCUACGGCUUCUCGGAGAAGGUCUGGCACAACUUCAUUCGCAGCUGCGCGGGCUCCAGUCUGGUAACCUUUCUCCUCGGCAUCGGCGACAGGCACCUGGACAACAUCCUCGUGAGCCUCGACGGCCGUCUAUCCCACAUCGACUUCGGAUUCAUCCUCGGCGAGGACCCCAAGCCGUUUCCGCCGCCGAUGAAGAUCUGCAGCGAGAUGCUCGAAGUCAUGGGCGGCAUUGGAGGCAAGGGCUACACGCUGUUUGUCGCCCAGUGCUGUCAAGCCUACAAGAUCCUUCGGCGCCACGCCAAGCUCCUGUGCGUCAUUCUUGACCUCAUGGUGGACUCCGGCAUCAAAGAUAUUAAGAAAAACCUGGUCUACACCACUGAAGUUUCCACGCCAUCCACCUCCCCUGCUGCGACGCCGGGAGGCGCCACUGCCUCGCCUGGAGCUCAACAGGCAUCGGGGGUGUCGUCGCCCUCGCCCCAGGGUUCGGGCGGGGUCGGAGGCGACGUGCGGCCGGGGGUAGCCGCGGGUUUCCCGGUCCGACCUGCGGGGCCCGUCGGGGCCUCCGGGGUCGGGUCGGGGGGAACCCCGGUGUCGGGCACCGGCUCCGCUGGGGGCGCGACCGGGUUUCCGACCGCGGUCGGAGGCGGCGGAGACAGCAUGGGUGGGGCGAGGGCAGGGGGAGCCGGGGGCUCCGGGGCCAGGCUGCUGCGCGCAGCAACAGGAGACGGAUCGCCGCAGGCGUCACACGGCUCCUCUACUGCCACUUCUUCUUCCGCCUCCUAUUUUCCGAGUCCCGCGUUGCUCAGAGGCCUAGGCGGCGCCUCUGGCGGGCCUGUCGCCUUUGACCAGAUGCCUCCGUCAGGGGCUUCGCAGUCGCAAGGGCUCGGGGCAGACGGGGCCGCGCCCGAUCUGCGGGGCGCGGGUGUCUCCGCGGGCCCGGCGGAGAACCCCGCGGGGGCCGCUGGCGCCGGCGGCGUGCGAGGCGCGAGGAGACGCGUGAUCUGCGUAGCAGUCGCGAAGGUUAAAGAGAAGUUGCGGCUGGACUUGGAUGAUGCGGACGCAGAGAGGUACCUCGUGGGCGUGAUCAACAGCAGCGCCCGCGCCCUGUUUCCCGCUGUCGUUGACAAACUCCACGAGUGGGCGCUGUACUGGCGAUGA